AUGCCUGUUGUAAUGAUUCCCAUCCACUUCGAUCGCCCACCUAUCGAAAUCAACUCCUACAAGCGAUCUUUCGUAUUACGGCCAUUUAUUACCUCUGAUUUCAUGACCGGUAUAGCAGCACUGCCAGGAAGGGAUAUUCCAGAAAAAAACAUUUUGGAAAUGGUUCGGCGAAUUGUAACACAUGUCAAGGGGACUUCACGAGUGAUGAUUGAUCUGACAAGUAAACCUCCGGGCACAACGGAAUGGGAAUGA